AUGUCUAAAGCUGUCGGUAUUGAUCUAGGAACAACUUAUUCGUGUGUCGCUCAUUUUGCCAAUGAUAGAGUAGAGAUCAUUGCAAAUGAUCAAGGUAACAGGACCACUCCAUCGUACGUGGCGUUCACUGACACCGAGAGGUUAAUUGGUGAUGCCGCCAAAAAUCAGGCCGCUAUCAAUCCGCACAAUACAGUCUUUGAUGCAAAGCGGUUAAUUGGUCGUAAGUUUGACGAUCCUGAAGUGACAACCGAUGCCAAGCACUUCCCUUUCAAAAUAAUAUCCAAAGACGGCAAACCUGUAGUUCAAGUAGAAUAUAAGGGUGAGACUAAGACGUUUUCGCCUGAGGAAAUUUCUUCUAUGGUAUUGAUCAAAAUGAAGGAAACUGCUGAGAACUAUUUGGGAACCACAAUUAAUGAUGCUGUAGUGACUGUGCCCGCCUAUUUCAAUGAUUCUCAAAGACAAGCUACCAAAGACGCUGGAACCAUUGCCGGGAUGAACGUUUUGCGUAUCAUUAAUGAACCCACCGCAGCUGCAAUUGCUUACGGCCUAGAUAAGAAAGGCAGGGCUGAGCACAACGUCCUGAUUUUCGAUUUGGGAGGUGGUACCUUCGACGUCUCUUUAUUGUCCAUUGAUGAAGGUGUUUUCGAAGUCAAAGCCACUGCAGGUGAUACUCACUUGGGUGGUGAAGACUUCGAUAACAGAUUGGUGAACCAUUUGGCCACUGAAUUCAAAAGGAAGACGAAAAAGGACAUUUCCAACAAUCAAAGAUCACUAAGAAGAUUGCGAACUGCAGCUGAGAGGGCCAAGAGAGCUUUGUCGUCCUCUUCUCAAACCUCUAUUGAAAUCGACUCCUUGUUUGAAGGUAUGGAUUUCUAUACUUCGCUAACAAGAGCGAGAUUCGAAGAGCUCUGCGCUGAUUUGUUCAGAUCAACACUGGAGCCGGUAGAAAAAGUGUUAAAAGAUUCUAAAUUGGACAAGUCCCAAAUUGAUGAAAUCGUUCUAGUUGGUGGAUCUACCAGAAUUCCAAAGAUUCAAAAGCUAGUUUCUGGCUUUUUCCAUGGUAAAGAACCCAACCGUUCUAUUAACCCAGAUGAAGCUGUUGCCUACGGUGCAGCAGUCCAGGCGGCUAUUCUAACUGGUGACCAAUCAACAAAGACACAGGAUCUGUUGUUACUAGACGUUGCGCCAUUGUCUUUAGGAAUUGAAACUGCCGGUGGUAUAAUGACAAAGUUGAUUCCUAGAAACUCAACGAUCCCAACAAAGAAAUCAGAAACAUUUUCCACCUACGCAGACAAUCAGCCUGGCGUCUUGAUUCAAGUCUUUGAAGGUGAAAGAACAAGAACAAAGGAUAACAACUUGUUGGGUAAAUUUGAAUUGAGUGGUAUCCCGCCUGCCCCCAGAGGCGUACCACAAAUCGACGUCACGUUUGAUAUCGAUGCUAAUGGUAUCCUGAACGUGUCUGCUUUGGAGAAGGGCACGGGGAAGAGUAACAAGAUCACGAUUACCAACGAUAAGGGUAGAUUAUCAAAGGACGACAUCGAUAGAAUGGUUUCCGAAGCAGAAAAAUACCGGGCUGACGAUGAGAAGGAGGCAGAAAGGGUCCAGGCUAAGAAUCAGCUUGAAUCGUAUGCCUUCACUCUGAAAAACACCAUCAACGAGGCAAGUUUCAAAGAAAAGGUUAGCGAAGAUGAUGCCAAGAAACUAGAGACAGCUUCCCAAGAGACUAUUGACUGGUUGGAUGCUUCGCAAGCAGCUUCGACUGACGAGUACAAGGAUAGGCAAAAGGAGCUUGAGGCCAUCGCCAACCCGAUAAUGACGAAAUUUUAUGGGGCUGGCGCCAGCGCAGGCGCUGGAGCGGGCGGCCCUGGCGGCUUCCCUGGGUCCAUGCCAAAUUCAGGUAGUGCAGGCGCUGGAGGUGAGUCCGGACCAACAGUGGAAGAGGUUGAUUAA